AUGGAAGAAGUUAUUGUCCAUCAAGAAACUCAUCUCCAACCUCUGCAAAACCCUAGACCAUCAUCAAUGGCGGAGGAGACGGCAUCAAUGAGUAUCUACCGAGCUUCGAGGACGAUUAAGCGAAGACAGAGCUCUUUAUACAAUUCCCUGCGGUCGAUUCACGAGGACUCGAUCUUCGUCUCCGAGAUAGCUCAGCUAUGGCCUGAGCUACCACUUGUAGCGAACCUGCGUUGCGGACUCUGGUACGCCAAGAAAUUCCAUUCCAAUUGCUACUUCAAAUCAACAGAUGGCCACACAAACAACUUGUCGUUCAAUACCUCUCGCCUCAAUCUCCAUGUCGCAAUUCUCGCAGGACAGAAGGGAGGCUGUAUGAUAGUUGAUUCUACUCGUAAAGGCAAGAGAUUUCCAGACAGCAUGUCAAAAACAAUACCAAUUUGGACUUGUGUGUUGAAUCGUGCAAUUCAGAAGUACAGAAACAAAAUCAAUACACCAAUCGAUGAAUUGAGCUCUUCUUCUUCUCAAUGGGAUUCAUCUUUACAUCUUCCUCUAUGGGUACCCGAUACAGAGAAAUCAAGGAUAGAAUCUAACAUAAACAAAUGGGUUAACCAAUUGGAAGAAAGUGGAGCUGAUAUUUCUUCUAUCUCAUCUUUACUAAAAAAACCUCUAAGACCUCUUUGGAUCUCACAAAAAACUGUUAUAUGGUUAAACGAAGUUCCUGAUUACAAUUCAUGGGAUUUCACACCAAUAAUUCUCAUUUCUUCAUCUGCUUCAAAUGACAUAUAUCGACAAAAAACAAGCUCUGAGUUCAGCUGGAGUUACAUAGCAGGAGCUGGAGAUGAUGAAGAGAGUUGGGCAAGAGGGUUAACACCAUUAUUAUUUUGGAAUAAUGUUUAUGAUUUAAUUAAUUCAGGACCUGAUUUGUGUAACCAAAAAGUGGCUGAUUUUGUUGAAAAAGAUAGGGUUUAUCGUGCUCAAAGGGGUCACAAUGCUCCUCAGAUCUCCAUUAAACCUACAAAAAUGGAGAUCAAAAGUUCAUCUCAUUUUCAAGAUCAAUCUUUAGAAAUCAUCAUGGAGAAUGGUGAUUCUGGACAUUUGAUAUACUGGUUGGGUUUGACUAAUCUUGCAGUGUGUGCAACUGGAUAUGAAUUUAAGGCAUUUGAUGUGGAUUGUGUAUUGAAUUGUGAUCAAAAUAAGGAUCUUUGUACACUUGAGGAUUCUAAAGCCCAUUUGCAUCUGCCUAUUAUGAAUUCAAAAUUCGAUAGAUUUUCUCUUCAAAGAAAUCUACCUUCCGCAUUACAUUUCGCCAAGCUUCACCUCAAAAGAGGAAAAAGGCUUGCAGUCUGCUGCAACAAUGGGGAAGAUAUAAGUGUUUGUGUGUGCUUGGCUAUACUGAUUUCAUUAUUCAAUGUUGAAGGUGUUUAUGAUGAUGGGAAAUCGUUUAAGGAGACACAAAUAACAAAGUUAGAUAUGAGACAACGAUUGAUAUUUGUGUGUAAAUAUGCGGUAAAUGCUAGACCUUCAAGAGGCAACUUAAAGCAAGUAUUUAAUUUCCUUGUUGGUGCAACAUAUUGAGACUUAGACUGAUGUCAAUUUGAUAAAAACUGUAACUUUUGUCUGAUUAAUGUGUUAUAAGUUAUUCGUUUUUAAUUUAAAAAAAAAACAUUAAUAUAAUUUUAUGUAC